AUGGGGGUACAUAAUGUAACUUUUGGUACUGUAAAGUGUUUAAAAUUUCAAGGAACUACUAGUUUGUUGAAGAAUAUAAUCAAAGACAGCAAAGCCAAUUCAAUAAUGUUUGCUCAUGCUGAAAUACCUUUGCAUGAUACGUGGGGCUCUCCUGAGUUUUGGAGAGCUCGUAGAAGUAUGAGGUAGUCAAAACUAGUCAAACUUGCCAAUGAUUUUAGAAAGACUUAUUUAAACUCAACAGAUGACAAUGAUAAUACUUUAAGACCUUUAAGUUGGAAAGAUGAAAAGUAUAAUAGAAAUGCAAUUGGUGGAAAUUAUAUAUCAGUGCAUUUGCGCAGACAAGAUUUUUUAUGGGGUCGCUCAAAACACAUUCCAAAUAUAAAGUAUGCAGCACAACAAAUUGAAAAAAACUGCAACAAACUACAAACAUUUACUGUAUUUUUAGCAACAGAUGCCUCCUCUAUAGAAAUAAGUGACUUGAGGUCCUUUUUGGAACCAAAAAUUAAAGUCUACACUUUCAAACCAACAUCGGAUAGAAAGAAAAUUAAAGAUGGAGGCAAAGCGAUUGUAGAACAAAUAAUUUGUUCCCAUGCCAAAUAUUUCAUAGGGACUUAUGAAUCUACAUUUUCAUUUCGAAUACAAGAAGAACGUGAAAUCUUAGGCUUCCCAAAAACAACAACCUUCAAUAGACUUUGUGGAGACAAAGAGACUGAUAAAAAAUGUUCUCAAACAACUGUAUGGAGUAUAAUGUUUUGA